AUGGAGAAGAAAUCAAAGGGGAAGAGUCUCACCUUNCUCGCCCGCCUGGCCUCCGGCUCCCCCUACCCCGACCUAGCCCGCCGCUUCGGCGUCACGGAGCGCGCCGCCCGCUUCUUCACUAAGCGCCUCUGCCGAGUCCUCUGCACCAACUUCCGGUUCUACCUCGCCUUCCCUUCGUCCCCUCCCGACCUCCUCCCCAUCUCCGCCGCCUUCCGCUCCCUCAGCGGCGUCGGGCCCCACCCCCACCCCGGCCUCCCCGGCUGCUGCGGCGCCUUGUCCUGCGCGCGCUUCGACGCCCCGACCGGCACGGUCGCCGCCCAGAUCGUGGCCGAUGCCUCCGCUCGCAUUCUCAGCAUCGCCGCCGGGUUCCGCGGCGACCGCACCGAUUUUGCUGUUCUAAGGCGCUCUUCUCUCUGCAAAGAUUUACAGGGCGGGCGCCUUCUGGGCUCAACCCAGUACUUGGUCGGAGACGGCCCGUACCCUCUGCUUCCGUGGCUGAUGGUUCCGUUUGCCAGUGCUGAGCGCGGGUCCGACGAGGAGGGCUUCAAUGCGGUGCACCGGUCCCUGUGUCGUCCGGUGCGCAGGGUGCUCGCCAGCCUCAGGAACUGGGGCGUACUCAGCCACCUAGCGGAGGAAGAGAACCCCAAGGUGGCCGCGGCGUGCAUCGGCACGUGCGCGAUCCUCCACAAUGUGCUGCUGAUGAGAGACGACUAUUCGGCCCUCUCGGAUGCUGGCGAUGAUGAGCCUGAGCAUGGAUCAGAGGAGCGCUGCUGUAUUGCUGAUACUGAAAUGGAUGAUUUUGAUGCAGAGAGGAGCAAGGCGUUACUGCUGCGGAGAACCUUAGCAGUGAGCGCAAGUGCAGUAGCUGGUUCGCGCUAGAGUGCGUGCCUGACGGAGUUUUGACGAUUCUUCUCGAUUCUUUUGUUUGAAUUUUCGUACAGUACAGUGCUGAAUCUGCCAGGGCUGUCGUAGCAUUUUGUGAAUGCUCUAAUUUAUAUUUGAAAUGGUGAAUUUCCGCCGUGCAACUCGGGUGUGGAGGGCACAAAGGGCUAACGGAUUCUUGUUCCUGAGGUUUGAUGUUCCUAUUCAUUCUCAUUGGAUUCAUGAACGACAAAUUUCCUACCCCAUGGUACGAACUACUGUUAGGGACCGUUUGGUUGGAUUCUAUUAUAAAAAUAGUUGAAAAUACAUACAGUUACAAAUAUUACAGUAAUAAUUUUACCUUGUCUGUUUGGCUUUAUUCAGUUGCUACUGCUGCAGUUACAUUUCUUUUGUUUGGUAGGCUGCAGUUGAGAUUUCUAUUUGUAAACUUUGUCAAUUUUUAGAUAGAAAUAUGAGAUUACCUCUUCUGAACAUAGCAUAAU